AUGAAGAAUAUCGUUCUUGAAACGUAUAGCGGAAAGGCUGAUCCAAAGGAGCACCUGCUUUAUUUCAACACGAAAAUGGUAACUAGUGCUGCUUCCGACGCAGUGAAAUGCAUGAUGUUCCCAUCGACGUUUAAAGGCACAACCAUGGCUUGGUUUACGACUCUGCCUCGGGGAUAUAUCACAAAUUUUCGUGACUUCUCUUCGAAGUUCCUCGUCCAGUUCUCCGCGAGCAAAACCAAGCAGGUAACGAUCGAAGACCUAUACAAUGUCCUCCAAUCAGAGGGUGAAACUUUGAAACAGUAUGUGAAGCGAUUAAGUGCGGCGUCUGUCAAAAUUGAGGAGUCAGAACCACAUGCUUACGCGCGCGCUUUCAAGAACCGGCUGCAGCCAGGAAAGCUGAACAGUAAGUUGAGCCGUAAACCGGCUCGGUCGAUGGCAGAGAUCCGGGCGCGGGCAAACACUUACAUCUUGGACGAGGAGGAUGAUGCUUUCAAAAUAAAGCAUGCAAAAAUGGAAAAGGAUGGCGAUAAGAGGGACGCGUCGUCGAAAGGCAAACAAAGUAAAGAAAAAGGAGAAGGCAAUAAGCAGCGAGAUAAGAAGGUAAAGUCAGCAGAGAAGGCUACGAAGGAACCGUUAUACCCUAGGAAGGAAAGCUUCGAGCGUCUUCGCCUGUGGCAUCAGGCCGACUCCCGCCGGCGAGAAGAGACGGGGGAAAGUUUAAGUGCGCAUUUGACGGAGCUAAUUUGGGAGGUCUAG